CACCGAACAAGAAUCAAAUCUGGACUAAAAGUAAACAAUUAAACUGCUAAUUCUCGGCGAUAAGGUGUCCCACUUGGUUCCAUUGCCAAGAUGACGGACGGCAGCCACUGGCUGAACUGGUGUCGCCUGUGCGCCAAGGACGACGCCCAUGGCAAUGUGAAGGUGCAAAUGAAUGCAAAUUCCCAAGGAAACUGGGACAAUGUCUUGAUAAUGGCCAUUCGCAAGUACUUCGAAGUGCAAAUGCAAGUGGAGGACGAGCUAAGCAGCGUGCUGUGCACGGAGUGCUAUACGCUUAUCAGCGAACUAAUCGAUUUUGCAGAGCAUGUGACCAAAGUGCAGGAGAUCUUUGAGGUCCUGCGGCGCACGGAAACAGAUGGGGACCAGGAAAUGGACGUGGCUGCACUGCGUCAGCAGUUUGGACUCUGCGAUGACGACUGGACGCACAUAAUAAAGCCCAUUCCUGCUGUAGAAAUGGAAUCCGAUAAUGUUUAUCAAAAACCCGCUCAAAUAUUACAGGAGUUUCCUAUGCCGGAUGCAGGCAACCAAGAAAUGGAAAUAUCGGAUAGGGAAACAACAACCCACUUAAUUCAAACCAAAAAGAUCGUAGGAAUGGAGAUACCAAAGCAGGAAUUCAUCGACAUAGGUCCCAUUCUGUUGGAAAAGAACACAAGUCAACUGAACAUGGAGGAUGUGCUAGACGAACUGCCUCAGGAGGAACUAUCGCAACCGCGCGUCGACUGCACAACCUCUCCGGCCUCAAUGGAGAACGAUGUCAAGUCAGAAAUGCUUGACAGCUGUGAUGGUGACGCCGAUUUCCUGCCCUUAGAUGGCCAGCGAAUGGAUCUCGUCGCGGAGGCAACCACACCAAAUGCUCCGGAAUCAACCGCAGAGGAGAAGGCCAAACGGGGUCGCAUGGACUGCGAGAAAUGUGGCAAGGUCUACAGAAAUCGCGCUUCAUACGAGAAACACUUGGAGCGCGAGUGCCGCCGGAUCGAGCGGCGCGUGAAAGUGGACAAAACAACAACAACCUGUGAUAUUUGCAACAAAACGCUAUCCUCCGCCACUGCGCUGAAGCUCCACAAGGAGGGCAUACACCAGAAUGUCAAGCCAUAUAUCUGCGAUAGUUGCGGCAAGCAACUGAAGACAAUUACAGCACUGAAUGAACACAAGCUGGUUCACACGGAAAGCCGUCCCUUCGAGUGCACUGUCUGCAAGGCGGGCUUUAAGAAUCGGGCUCGUCUGAAGGCCCACUACCAAAUCCAUGCGGAGCCCAGUUUCGUGUGCAACAUUUGCGGCAAGAAACUGCAAACGCGUCGCACCUGGAACAUGCACAAGGUCGUGCACACCGAGGAGCGGCGCCUGAAGUGUGAUGUCUGCGGCGCUCUCUUCAAGCGUUCGAAGACGCUCAAGACCCACCUGCUGAGCCACACGGGGCUGCGACCGUACGUUUGCAACUACUGUGGCAAGUCCUUUGCCUGCAAUGCCAAUUGCCGGUCGCACAAGCUCAAGAAACAUCCGCAGGAAGUUCAGCAGGAGGAUGGAGCACGGCUGCCCUCUCGCCUCAAUGUUCCGACGUUGGAGGAACUUCGCGCUAUGACUCAAAAGCUACCAAAAGGAACAACAGAAAACUAGCUUUAGCAUAAUAUAAUCAUAAUAUAUUUUACCUUUAAGCUGGCAUCAGAGAGGAAUGUGCAAUCUCAAAUUUUCCAAACAAAGAUCUAAAUAUAUUAAGUAAAUAUAUAUUUAAGUCAUUGCCAAGUAGCAAAAACUUGCCAAAACUCACUGAUCGAAUAAUAAAACGCAUUCGAGUUAUUUAAAAACAAAAUAAUUUUA